AUGACAGGAAAUGAAGAUUAUUUAAUAGAUGAAGCCGUUGGAUUACUAAUAAGAUAUUCUUUGCUAGAUCGUUUAGAUGAUGAAAAAUAUUCAAUGCACGAACUGACACAGUUGUCGUGUAUCAACCAUCCAGAUACAAUGUCAACAAAAGUUAAUAUCGCAAGCUGUUUGAACGCUAUGGGAAAAUAUAACGAAGCUUUAGAAAUUUAUUAUUCUGUUGUUAGAAUCUUAACUGAAAUUAUAGGUAUCAACCAUCCAAAUACAAUAGGAACAAAACAUAAUAUCGCAAACUGUUUGUCCGCUAUGGGAAAAUAUAACGAAGCUUCAGAAAUUUAUUAUUCUGUUGAUAAAAUACGAACUGAAAUUUUUGGUAUCAACCAUCCAAAUACAACGAGAACAAAAAAUAAUAUCGCAAGCUGUUUGUACGCUAUGGGAAAAUAUAACGAAGCUUUAGAAAUUUAUUAUUCUGUUGAUAAAAUACAAACUGAAAUUUUAGGUAUUAACUAUCCAGAUACAAUGUCAACAAAAAAUAAUAUUGCAAACUGUUUGUCCGCUAUGGGAAAAUAUAUCGAAGCUUUAGAAAUUUAUUAUUCUGUUGAUAAAAUACAAACUGAAAUUUUAGGUAUCAACUAUCCAGAUACAAUGUCAACAAAAAAUAAUAUUGCAAACUGUUUGUCCGCUAUGGGAAAAUAUAUCGAAGCUUUAGAAAUUUAUUAUUCUGUUGAUAAAAUACAAACUGAAAUUUUAGGUAUCAACCAUCCAAAUACAAUGAGAACAAAAAAUAAUAUCGCAAGCUGUUUGUACGCUAUGGGAAAAUAUAACGAAGCUUUAGAAAUUUAUUAUUCUGUUGAUAAAAUACAAACUGAAAUUUUAGGUAUCAACUAUCCAGAUACAAUGGAAACAAAAAAUAAUAUUGCAAACUGUUUGUCCGCUAUGGGAAAAUAUAUCGAAGCUUUAGAAAUUUAUUAUUCUGUUGAUAAAAUACAAACUGAAACUUUAGGUAUCAACCAUCCAAGUACAAUAGGAACAAAAAAUAAUAUAGCAAGCUGUUUGUACGCUAUGGGAAAAAAUAACGAAGCUUUAGAAAUUUAUUAUUCUGUUGAUAAAAUACAAACUGAAAUUUUAGGUAUCAACCAUCCAAAUACAAUAGGAACAAAACAUAAUAUCGCAAACUGUUUGUCCGCUAUGGGAAAAUAUAACGAAGCUUCAGAAAUUUAUUAUUCUGUUGAUAAAAUACAAACUGAAAUUUUUGGUAUCAACCAUCCAAAUACAACGAGAACAAAAAAUAAUAUCGCAAGCUGUUUGUACGCUAUUGGAAAAUAUAACGAAGCUUUAGAAAUUUAUUAUUCUGUUGAUAAAAUACAAACUGAAAUUUUAGGUAUCAAAUCUCCAGAUACAAUGUCAACAAAAAAUAAUAUUGCAAACUGUUUGUCCGCUAUGGGAAAAUAUAUCGAAGCUUUAGAAAUUUAUUAUUCUGUUGAUAAAAUACAAACUGAAACUUUAGGUAUCAACCAUCCAAGUACAAUAGGAACAAAAAAUAAUAUAGCAAGCUGUUUGUACGCUAUGGGAAAAUAUAACGAAGUAUCAACCAUCAAAAUACAAUAG